AUGGUUGUAGUAAAGCCUCAACUAGAGUUUGAAAAUAAAUGUUGUGAGAAGAAAUCAUACAAAUGGGUAAAUUCAGAGUUGUGAUGUAGGCAACAACCAAGAUUCAUGCAGUCAACUAUGAACAAUCUGCAGGAAACUCCAUCUGUAAAAGACUUGGUGAAGGUUUUAUAUGGAGGAAAAAGAUUUGGCAAUCAUGCGGAUGAAGUUUGGCCUAAUCUAUUGAUUGGUGACAUGUCAGUGGCCAAUGAUCGCUACAGUCUGUGGAAGCUGGGAAUCACUCAUGUUGUGAACGCAGCUCAUGGGAGGAUGCACUGUCAGGGGAGUCAUGACUUCUAUGGCUCCACUGUGGAUUAUUAUGGAGUGCCUGCAGAUGACUCACCGUCCUUUGACCUCUCUCGCUAUUUCUUUCCCUCUGCUGAGUAUAUUCAGAGUGCACUUGACACGGCUGGUGCUCGGGUUUUUGUCCACUGUGCAGUCGGAGUGAGCAGAUCUGCCUCCCUCGUCCUCGCCUACCUAAUGAUCCACCAUCAUUACACACUGCUACAGGCCAUCAAUAAGGUCAAAGAGCACCGAUGGAUUUUCCCAAACAGAGGAUUCCUCAAACAACUUCGUGCUUUGGAUAUGAAACUAUGCAAGACAUCAUGA